CGUUCCCAGCCACCUCACCUCGCAGGAGCCAUCGGCCGUCUAUCUGCCUCGCUCGAUCCCCCCAUCUUGCGCGGUGGGUGCGGGUGCACGCAAAUACGAUACGAGUGCUUUGUAUAUUUAAACAUCCGCCGCCCAGCCUCGCGCGCGCGCGUGCAUGCAACACUCACACACACACACAUUCUCUCUCUUUACACCUCUUUGCCCUUUCCCAUCACCCACACCCAUCCUCUCAUUCCUCCUCCGCACCCACAUCACACCGGAUCAGCGCCCCGUUGCGACCGGACACGCCUUCAUUCCAUCCUCCCGCAUUUUUUUUGACUUUGCUACCACGCACGCACUACUACCACCACGCGACGACAGACGGACAGACAAUCGCAUUGUCUCUGCCGGGGUCCUAGCCAGUACCAAGCCGCGAGCUUAGGUUCCGCCGCGCCGACGUCAGCGCCGCCUGCGCCGCCUGCGCCUAAUAAUCCCAACGGGCUGAAGGCGCAUCCUCGCCCCCCGCGGCGCACCCGUGAAUAGCGGCUGUUGGCUUCAACGACCCGAUCCAAGCGCAAAAGAGAAGAAGGAACGCAAGGGAAGUCGGACUCUGGGUCCGCGACGAGGCCCGCCGCCAUGUUCUUCGCACUCGUGUUUGUGUGCACGCGCAUCUCGCAGAUUGUGACGCUGAUCCCCAUGAUGGGCAUGCUCGCCUGGUUCAUCAACAUCUUCGUCACGCACAACGCCCUCACCCCCGACGCCAUCCUCAUCCUCUUCAUCACGUCCGUCCUCGCCCUCGCCUGGGCCGUCUUCACCCUCUUCUCCUACCACCGCUCCAGCGCAAACGCCCGCCUCGUCUCCCUCGUCGACCUCGGCAUCUUCGGCACCCUCAUCGCCGGCGUCUACCUCCUGCGCGGCAUCGCCGACGCCGACUGCUCCGACGACCCCUCCGCCUCGCGCCGCUGGACCGCCCACGUCGCCGUGCCCUACGUCGUCGACUGGCAGCCCAACAAGCCCUGCGCCAUGCUCAAGGCGAGCUGGGCCUUCGCCAUCAUGAACAUCAUCUUCUUCUUCACGACGGCCGUGGCGGCGUUUAGCCAUGGGGAUAGCCUGAGUGCGUAUUAUGGGGAUGAGAGGGUGGUGAGGACGAGGCAUACGCAUUAUCACCACGGGGGCAGCAGCAGGCAUCACCAUGGCGGGAGCCAUCGACAUCAUAGCCGCAGCCGCUCCGGCGGUUCGCGGCGCAGCCACAGCCACUCGCGGAGGGUCUACGUAUAGACAGACAGUGGGAUGAGACGGAUGACGAUGACAUCGUGGAGAAACGGAUAAUGACUGCGACGUGGAUGGGAUAUUGGGGGGACUGGAAUUCGCGACACUCGGUAGAAUAUAGGGACGGACCGACGAAUGGCGCUGCCGCAUGGGACAUAUACCUCGUCGAUUUUUCCAUUCAUUGGCUUUUGCUUGCUUGCCCUGCUGGCCUUGUUUGGUCCUUUGCUUGCCCGUUUCUGCGCCCGUCAUGACCACGGGGCGCAAAAGAAGCGCACCCUCUUAUUGUGCGCGCAUAGGUAGAUAGAUCCAAAAUGGGACCGCAACGUCAUGACCAUCAAUCCGUUCA